AGAGAAGCGAGUGGGGAAUCCAAGAUGGCGGGAGACUUCUUCCGGCCGCCUCGCGCCGUCGUUUCGUCACGGCUCCUCGGGCCUGUCUAGGACAGAAGCGGAAGUGCCUAUGGCGGCGGGAGGCAGAGUCCGGAAGUGGACCAUGGUGGGUGCUGGGAUGCUGAGAGGGAAGGGAAAGGGUUCUGGGGUCAAGUCCGUGCGAGGGAACGACUUUUGGCUCCGGUGGCUUCUCUUAGGCGGGCGGCUUCGCGGGCCGCGGGCGGCGCUGAGUGUAAGGCAGCUCCGCCCUCCUCACAACAACCCGGCCAGGGAGGUGUGUCACGUUGGUUAAAGGAAAGAAGAACUUGUUGGACAGCUGAGGAACUCCUUUCAAUGAACAUUUAUCAUCCGUUUCCUUGCUAUCUGUUAAGCUGACCAUGUACUGCGCUUGAAAAAAAGCAGACAAGCAUUUCUUUCAUAGCCAUGGAUGAAGAGAAUUUAGAAGCAGCGAUUCAGACGUACAAUGCCCAACUGCAGCAGGUGGAGUUGGCUUUGGGAGCUGGGCUGGACCCGUCGCAACAGUCUGAUCUGAUUCAGCUACAGGCGGAUUUAAAGCAGCUGAUAGAACUCACAGAAUCCAGCCUUGUGUCUGUCAGGAAGAGCAAGCUCUUUUCCACUGUAGAGCCAGAAGCAAUCUCCACAUCUCUGUCUGCUCAUCGACAACAAGACAACCAGGAGCCUGACAGGCAGAGCACAGAGGAUGAAUAUGCAGCUUUUAAGGAAGCCAUUGCUUCAGUUGGAGGCGAGGGUGAUCCCUCAAGCACUUGUAAUGAAGAAGGAGACAGAGAAGCUGGUGAAGAGGAAGAAUUGGAGGGGGAGGGGGAGGAGGAAGAGGAGGAGGAGGAAGAGGAAGCCAGUGGGAUGAAAGUGAAAGCACCUUACUACAGUACUUGGGGUACCCUUGAAUAUCACAACGCCAUGAUUGUGGGGAGUGAGUCUUUGGAAGAUGGAAGGCAGGGGGUCAGAGUUCUCUACCUCUAUCCCACUCAUAAGUCUUUGAAGCCAUGUCCUUUCUUCUUGGAUGGCAAGUGCAGGUUUCAAGAAAAUUGCCGAUUUUCCCAUGGGCAGGUAGUCCCUGUGGAGGAACUGCGUCCCUUUGAGGAACCUAAUCUCAGCAACUUAGCAGUGGGCUCAGCUUGCUUGGCAAGACACCAGGAUGGGAUUUGGUAUGCUGCUAAAAUCACAGACAUAGACAGCGGUUACUACACCGUGAAAUUUGAUUCACUGCUGCUCAAGGAAGCUGUUGUGGAAGGAGAUGGGGUGAUGCCCCCUCUGCGCGCCGAGGACAGCUCCUCUUCAUCUGAGUCCGAAGAAGAUGUAGAAGAUGCUGGGUAUGCUAAAGUCAUGGAUUCCAGCACUCCAGAGAAUGGAGAAGGAUCCUCUGCUUGCAGUUCUUCCUUUGGCCAGUGGGAGGCGCAUACCCGCGGCAUUGGGUCUAAACUCCUUGCUCAGAUGGGAUACCAGUUUGGGAAAGGCUUGGGGAAGAAUUCAGAGGGCCGAGUGGAGCCGGUCUUGGCUGUUGUGCUGCCCAAAGGCAAAUCCUUGGACCAGUGUGCCGAGAUCUUGCAGAAGAAGAGGGAAGGGAAGCUCGAUCCUGCAAAGCCCAAAAAGCGAGGGGCCAAAGAGAAGCGGGCCAAGAAGCCCUGCAGGCCGAGCCCGAAGCCCCGCAACGUGUUUGACUUUCUCAACGAGAAACUUCAAGGCAAGGACUCCAGCCAGCAGGACGGAGAGACGGCCCCCUUGGAGCGGAACAGCAAGGAGAUCUACCAUGCCAGGAAGAGCACCAAGAAAGCGCUCAGCAUCCGCCUCUUCCAGACCAUGGAGAGAAUCGACCAAACCCAGAAGGACAUCCGAGGAAUCCAGGAGGCCUUGGCCCGCAACGUUGGGAGGCACACCAUUGUCACGGCACAGCUGGAGGAGAAGCUGGCCGGAGCCCACAAGAAGCUGGGGGAACUCCGAGCCCAGGAGGCCAGUCUCCAGCGGGAGCAGAAGAAAGCAGACACACACAAGAAAAUGACCGAGUUCUAGCCUCCCUCCAUGAGGUCUGCCCAGGGGCUGGCAGGCUUGCUCAGCUCCUGCCAUGCUGAGACCAGUCCUUCUGUUCAACCACCAUUGCCUAGAAAGCAGCUGCUGAAUGCGAAAUGGCAAGCGGGUUGGUGCAGAGGACGGAGCAGUCUGACUUUCUGCUUGGUGCAUCGUGACCGUUGUGUGGAGCUAUCAGGGUUUCCUUUAUCUGUGCUGGGGUAGAAGUAAGAGGCAGAGUAAGACAGCAGUGCUGAGGUUUCCGAUACCCUCAAUCCCUCCUGGUCUGGUAAAAGGAAUGGUUACGGCUGCAUUUUGAUGCAAGAGACACAUCAGUUUUCUGGCCGAUAGAAUCCCUGUAUUCUUCUGUGUCUCGUUCUUUGCAACUCUGGGCGUGGGAUUUCAGUCGCUGAAAAGUACAUUUCAGUCGCUGCCGUGCUUUGACACUGGUAGGCGCGCAGCCUGUGGAGCUUGCCUAUGGCUCUGACGUCAAACCUGAGCAAGUCUGACCAAGCAGGAAUUUUAUCCCUUAAUAUCUGGCGACCCUAAAUAGCGUGCAGUGUUGAUGAUGCGCAGCCACCAGACAUGUGGUGAGCCAGCAUAAAUCGUCUUCUAGGAACCGCCCUGAAAUGUCUGGAGUAGGGUUAGGGCUUGGCUUACAGACUGUGGGCUCCGUAGAACAGGAACCAGCAAGUGUGGAGGCUCUUAAAUGCGUGCAUAAUCUGAAGCCUCGGUCGGAAUUGACGUGUGAUCUGAAAAGAGCCACGCUCACAGUUGCUCACGCCCACAGCCCCCAAGCAGGAUAGUAUCGUAGAACAGGGCACAGUAUUUCAUCUCAGGAAGAAUGAGAAAGGGCUGCUGGUGGGCCAUGCAGGGAGUGCAGCGGCAGUGGGUUCGAGCAAGGUUUAGACAUCUGUGCCGCUUCCUGUACAUGUUUCCUUUCGCUCUGUAAUUUGAAGAUCUGAGUUAAAAGAACGGUAAUCUGA